UUAUUUUGUUUUGUUUUGUUUCUUCUUGCGAAACGUUAUCUUUCUAAUAUCCUAAACUAAACGCAAAACAUAUUGUUAAUUCUUAAACUCUUGAUUUAGUUUAGUCAAACCAGUCAAACGAUCUUAAGGUAAAAGUUUUAAUCACGUAGUUAUGACGGACGAUGUGAAAAGAUUUUUUUCUAACAUGCUUCAAAGGGUCACCGGCCUCCGUUGUGUGAUGGUAACCGACCGUGAUGGUGUUCCACUUAUUAAUCUAGAGCGGGAAAAGUCAGCUAAGUUCGUCAUGAAACCGGCCUUUCUAUCCACAUUUACGCUAGCCGCCGAGCAAUCCAACAAGUUGGGGCUGGGAAAGAAUCGAAAUAUUAUAUCUGUUUAUGCGGAUUAUCAAGUGGUACAGAUGAAUAAACUACCACUGGUAGUUACGUUCAUCGGUGCGGAAAAUUGCAACAUCGGUCACAUUCUAGCGAUGGACCAACAGAUAGAUGCAAUGCUAGAUGAACUUAAAACAGCAGUUACGGAUUCCUAGGUGUUUCAAAUAGGUCGUUAUAUGUAAGUACACAUUGUGAAGUUU